AUGGAGGUCUCUGUCUCUACCAGUCUCCGCCACUUCGCGGGUCUGUAUUUCUCCGAUGACUUCCCUUUGUGGGAGAUUUCCUCAUGUCCAUAUCCCCGGUCUCCACCCCAGCCCCAGAAAGAACCCAGGGGGCGAGGGAGAAUCUGUAGAGGUUCCAGCCUUCUCAGGCCACUGGCAGAAUUGGGCUCCGCUCUUCCCCAGCGGAAACCCCCACCACAGGACAAUGGGGGGUCCAGGUUGCUCCCCAGCAGCCUUCCCCGGAAAUGCUCCGUCUUCCACCUCUUCGUUGCCUGUCUCUUACUGGGCUUCCUCUCCCUGCUCUGGCUGCAGCUCAGCUGCUCUGGUGACGUGGCCCGGGCAGCCCGGGGACAAGGGCAGGAGACCCCAGGCCCACCCCACUCCUGCCCCCCGGAGCCACCUCCCGAGCACUGGGAAGAAGACACGUCCUGGGGCCCCCACCGCCUGGCAGUGCUGGUGCCCUUCCGUGAACGCUUCGAGGAGCUGCUGGUCUUUGUGCCCCACAUGCACCGCUUUCUAAGCAGGAAGAAGGUCCCGCACCACAUCUAUGUGCUCAACCAGGUGGAUCAUUUCAGGUAGGGACGGUCUCCCAACUCGGCCCCCCCUCUCCAAGGCCUCCCCUUGCCCAGGCCCCUCGGCUGCUCCCUCUCCCACUGGGGUCCAGUGCCAGGGGUGCCUCUGGCCUGGGAAAGACCACCCAGCGCAGGCCUCUUGGCUGUAGGGGAGCAGGGGUGGAGAGACUGCAACGGGAUGUCCAACCGCUUCUGGGGCUGGGGCCGCGAAGAUGACGAGUUCUACCGUCGCAUCAAAGGGGCCGGGCUACAGCUUUUCCGCCCCUCGGGAAUCACAACUGGGUACAAGACAUUUCGCCACCUGCAUGACCCAGCCUGGCGGAAGAGGGACCAGAAGCGCAUCGCAGCUCAAAAACAGGAGCAGUUCAAGGUGGACCGGGAGGGAGGCCUGAACACCGUGAAGUACCGUGUGGAUUCCCGCACAGCCUUGUCUGUGGGCGGGGCCCCCUGCACUGUUCUCAACAUCAUGUUGGACUGCGACAAGGCUGCCACCCCCUGGUGCACAUUUGGCUGAGCCAGCUGGACAGUAAGGAAGCCUGUGCCCACAGGCCACACUGCUUACUCAGGCUCUGGAUAAAGCCUCAGGCCCCGGGGCCCACCUCCCCUAGGAUGUGGGGUGGCCUGAAGCAGCGGAUCGCAAGCCGCACAUUUGCAGCAGCCCAGCCCCCAGAGGUGGGCUUGAGCCAGGACAGGACACACACAGGGUGCCUGGGACGCUGCUAGCAAUAAAGAGUGAUGGAGAGAGACUGGGACGUGGCUCUCACCUGGCACUGUCCGCCCCGCCUUCCUGCUCGCCCUGCUCUCCCCGUCUUCGCAAGCCCACACCUAAGGGCUUUUCCUUCCCCAGGACGGACGGCCUCAUGCCAAGAUGCAGUUCUGAAGCCAGGCCGCUGACAUGGGUGGCCAGGACAAUGCAGAGGGUUAAAACUGCAGGUUUCUGUGCAAGCCCCACAGAAAGGGAACAGCCGAGACCAGCUCUCUCUGGCUAUCACCAUGCAGGAAUGCGGGC